AAAACCAAGACACACCUCCCUUAGAAUUCUAAACAAAGAGAAACACGAAACACUUAUAUAUCAAAAGCGCGCAUAAAGCGAGGCGAAAAUGUCAUCAUCCGUCCAAGCAGGCCGAAUAACCAAGAACACCACCACCACUACUAGUACUACUACCGCGCGGCGGAGACGCGUACAACACCCGAAGAAGACACGAGCUACUAGAACCAAGUCCCAACCACAUGAUCAUGAGUAUGAGCGCGAUGGGAGUCAAUACAACCCAUCAUCAUCACUCCCGCUCGUCGAGCGCACCAACCAACUCAGCAUCCAAGAAUUCACCUCAAAAUACAUCACCCCAGAGUUUCUGACAUACACCUACAAACCCGAAACCCCAUCAUCAACUGACGAGCAGAGGUAUAAACUUUUUAUCCACUCUGCAGCCAGCAUCCCCAUCAGCGACCUAAAUGCAUGCUUUGAUCUCAUCGAGGAGACAUCCUCCGAAGCAUAUCGAUCUUCCUCAACAGGGUGGUCUCCCAGUAAGAAGAAGAAGGAGAUGAAGCUUCCUGAUAUGAAGUAUUUAGUUGUUCGUCGGGAGGAUUCAUUAUUAUCAUCUUCGACGGAUGGUGAAAGGGAUGGGGAGAAUGCAGUGGUCGGAUUCAUGUCAUUUAUGAUUACGUACGAAGACGGGAAAGAGGUGGUGUAUCUCUACGAGAUCCAUCUGUCGUCUGAGGUGCAGAAGCAAGGGCUCGGGAAGCGGCUACUGCUUGUGCUGAUGGAGAUAGGGAGACGAGUUGGGGUGGAGAAGGCGAUGUUGACGGUGUUUACGUCGAAUCGGGUGGCUCAGGGGCUUUAUGAGGCUAUUGGGUUCGGUACGGAUGAGUAUAGUCCUCGGCCGAGGAGGUUGAGGAAUGGGAUGGUUAAGGAGCCGGAUUAUAGGAUUAUGUCUGUUAGGUUGGAUGGUGGGCCGUAUGUAUGAUCUAUUGAACAUUUAUUCUUGGGAUGGAUGCUAUGCUGUGGGUAUGUAGAUUAGAGUACAGUUAAAUGAACUUAAACUUGUCGCACUU